AUGUCCAGCUUCCUGGAGAACUCCGAAGAAAAGCCUGUUUCUCCCUGUGGGCUGUUCAGGAGGGUCAAGAAGAAAUUCAGGCGGUUAUUAAGUUUUCUGAAGGAAAAGAGAGAAAGUAUCCGAGGAAGGACAGCUACCCUGGAGUGCAGAAAGCUGGAGGAUCUGCUGGAAGACCUGAAAAAUGAGAUUGAGAAGAGGCAGGCAAAAAAUGCCACCAAACUCUCGGAGGAGAUUUCCCAGCUGGACACCCUGACACAAGGUCAAGAAGAGAAGAAUCAGCAAUCGGAUGUGAAAAGCACCGUCAGCAGGUGUGAGAAAGUGACUUUCCAGCUGCCAGUGGAUGUUUCUCCACAGUCAGAAGAGAGAGUCUGUCAUUUCUCAUGGAGGAACAGCGCUCUGAAGGAGACUCUGAAGAAGCUACAAGCCAUCGUGACCCUGGACCCUGACACGGCUCACCCCGACCUCAUCCUCUCCGAGGACUGUAAGAGCGUGAGACGCGGGGAAGGACGACAGGACCUGCCUGAUAACCCGGAGCGAUUUGACUACUGGCCCUUUGUGCUGGGAUGCCAGGGCUUCGCGGCAGGCCGGUAUUGCUGGGAGGUGGAGGUGGGGGACGGGGGGGAUUGGGCUGUGGGGGUGGCCCGCGAGUCCAUCCGUCGGAAGGGGCAUCUCAGCCUCUGCCCCCAAGGAGGGAUCUGGGGGGUGGAGAAGUGGGGGGGGCAAGUUCGGGCACUCACCACCCACAAGGUGACCCUCCUACCUGUCCGUUGGGUGCCCCGGCGGGUCAGUGUCCACCUGGACUACGCUGGAGGGACGGUGGCAUUCUUUGACGCGGAUGAGGGGGGGCUCAUGUUCAUUUUUUCCCGUGCCUCCUUCACCGGGGAGAGGGUUCGCCCGUGGCUCUGGGUGGUGGGGGCCAGGUCCCAGCUCAGGCUGUGUCCCUGA